AUGGACGGACAGAUGGCCAAUGGCGCAUCCGCCGUGGGUCAGAAUGCUGCUUCCGUGAACGGCGGAAAUGUCGAUAUCAUCUCUCAGAUCCACCAGGCGCUCGAGGUCAUACACAGUCCUUAUUCGUCCAACGAAUCUCGCCGAGACGCCCAGCGCUUCCUCGAGAACAUCAAGAACAUAGACGAGGCCCCCUUCCACGGCUUCACGCUUGCCUCCAACAAGUCGCAAUCCCCUGUCGUGCGCCACUACGCUCUGUCCCUCCUCGAGCAUGCAAUCAAGCAGAAAUGGGCCGAGUAUAACGAGCAGCAGUCCACCAUGCUGCGUGAGUGGGUGCUGGAGCUCUGCCGCAACCUGUCAAAGGACGAUCCGCUAUACAUCAGAAACAAGACGGCUCAGCUGUGGGUGGAAGUUGCUAAGAGAUGCUGGGGCUCCGAGUGGAUGGACAUGGACGAGCUUCUGGUUCGCCUGUGGCAGAUACCUGAUUCCCCCGUCCACAAGGAGCUCGUCCUCUUUGUGCUCGAGACACUUUCCGACGAGGUUUUCAACGGCGACGACGCUGUCGUGGCCAUGCGCGAGGGCGUACUCAGCAGAAGCUGCGUCGAAGUCUUCACCCCGGCCCCCGUCUUGAGAGAAGCUUUCCCCAACAGAGCCGCUGGCCCCGAGGUGCGCUCCGGGGAAGAAGGAUGGCUUAGCAGAGUAUCCGAGUUCCUCAGUCAAUGCCUCAACGGUGACGCCCAAAACAACGACCAGAUCCGCUCUUGCGCCGUGAAAUCCCUGUCCGUCUUCUAUUCCCUCAUGCCCUGGGCCAUUCCCAAGUCUGUCGCCGUCGCAAACUGCGUUCCCGUCAUGUGCAGAGCCCUUGCGACCCCCGAAGUCUCUGUUCAAAAGGCCUCGCUGGAAGCUCUACAUGCGCUUUACUCUCGCUCAAACUUCUCCGAGCAGGAGUUCAAGGACCUCGUCGCACCCAUGUACGAUGCUAGCUCAGUAGAUCUCCUAAAACGGCUCUUUGAAUGGUCAGCCGUAGAUGUCGAGGAUAUCGACGAAGACAAGUACCAAUUCGGCAAGAAAUUCUCAGAGGUAUAG